GUGUACGUCUGGUUUUUUAACUGAGCGAAAUCAGCUGCUAAAUGAUGGUACUGAAAUAUUAAUAAGCCGUGUUAAUUUUUCGGCUUGUAAGUUCUUUUGAUGAUUUAGAAAGUUUUGGUUUAUGUUAAACUUUAAGUACCAUGAAAAACCGUUUACGCUCCAUAUUACAAUUUUUGCAGAGCAUUUAAUAAAACGAGACUUAGGAUAAAUAGUGUUCUUUUAAAUGUAUCAUUGUUAGAAAUCGCUUGCGAGGCAACACUGGCACAUCAUCGAUAAUGAAUAAAGUGUCGGUGGCUCCUGGCAAUGCGUAAAAGGACUUUUGUCUUAAUUGUGACUUUGGCCUUACUUUCUUGGGCAGCUGUUACAUACCAUUUAUUUUUACAAAGGCCUCAGGGAAAGGCUCAACGAAGUGUGAGAUUUCAAGAGCAGCUGGAAUUACUUGAAAGUGAAUUGAAAUAUCAGUUGAAAUCAAAUGAUGAGUUAUUGUUUCUCUUGCAUCAAUUUAGAUCAAAAUAUCCUGAUAAAAUAAAAAAUUUGAAAAGUUUAGCAUCUUUGGAACAAAAGUAUGCUCCUGAUUUUAGCAAUGUAGUAAUUGGUGUUCUAGUCUUUGCUUGUAAUCGUGUCACCGUAAAACGCAAUUUGGAUCAACUUCUAAAAUUUAGGCCAUCAGCAGAGCAAUUUCCUAUAGUUGUUAGUCAAGAUUGUGGUCAUGAACCAACUACUCGAGUCAUACAGUCUUAUGGAGAUCAACUUACUCUUAUCCAGCAUCCUGACCAGAGUGACAUUACACUGUCAGGUAAAGAAAAGAAAUUUAAAGGAUAUUAUAAGAUAGCACGUCAUUAUGGAUGGGCUUUAAAUGAAACCUUUUUCCGUUUCAACUUCAAAUCUGUAAUUAUUGUAGAAGAUGAUUUAGAUAUUGCUCCUGAUUUUUUCGAAUAUUUCUUAGCCACUUAUCCCAUUUUACACAGUGAUCCAACUCUUUGGUGUGUAUCUGCAUGGAAUGAUAAUGGAAAAGAUAGUGUAGUGGCAUAUGAACCAGAAUUGCUGUACCGAUCAGAUUUUUUCCCAGGAUUAGGCUGGAUGCUGACUAAAUCACUUUGGAUGGAGCUGGCUCCAAAAUGGCCUAAAGCAUUUUGGGAUGAUUGGAUUCGCCAGCCUGCCCAGAGAAAGGAACGAGCUUGUAUCCGCCCAGAAAUUUCUCGCUCCAAAACAUUUGGCAAAGUGGGAGUCAGCAACGGUCUUUUCUAUGAAAAGCAUUUGAAAUUUAUCAGAUUAAAUGACAGAUUUGUGCCUUUUACUAAAAUGGAUCUCAGUUAUUUAAAAAAAGACAACUAUGAUGUUGCAUUCGUGAAGCAAAUCUACGGGGUGCCCCCAGUAACCUUACAUCAGUUGCAGAGAGGAAGCAUAGAGCACUCAGAACCUGUUCGAAUCACAUAUGAAAAUAAGGACAUCUUCAAGAAAACUGCAAAAGCGCUAGGCCUUAUGGAUGAUUUCAAGUCGGGCGUUCCUCGAACUGGUUAUCGUGGUGUAGUCAGCUUCAUGUACAAAGGUCGAAGGGUAUAUCUUGCACCUCCAGCAGAUUGGAAAGGUUAUGACCCAACAUGGAGCUAGCACAUUAAGUUGAAUUUUAAAAAAAUCUCAUAUCAUUCAAAGCACUGAUCAUUAAGCAUCGUGGUGAUGGAUUUUCUCAAUACAAAUGCUGUCAAAAAUGGAAAUUUGUAAAUAUUUUAUUUUAAGGACUAAUUUAAAUAGAAUUAGUGUAAAAAAUUAUGUGACUUGAAUUUUAAAGGUCAUUGAUGCUAAAGUGAAAAACUAAUAAGUUCCCAAAUUUUAAGCAUUUUAAAGCAUGCUGAGGAUGAUUUUUUUUAUUGAAUCAUUUUUAGUGGGAAUUUCAUGACUUGCUAAAUGUACAGUUCUCCCCCUCCCCUUUAGUUAUUUUUAACAAAACCAGUGCUGGGGAAAAUUGUUCAUGUUUGGAAAAGUAAGAUGCUCUCAAGUAUGUGGAUAGGUACACAUACAAGACCAUUUCUUCUCCAAUGUGUGUGUGUUUCCAUGUAUUAUUUGUUUUUCCUUUUUUUUUCCGUUCUCUCUCUAUGGGUUAAAAUAUACCCUGAGGUAUAUUGAACAGCUACUAAAUUGCUUUACUAUAUCAUUUUUUUUUUUUUUUUUUAAUUUGACAUAAAUAUUCUUUCUCCAGUACCAGUUUGACUUGGAACAUUUCCAUUUUUCCACCCAUUAAUGACAUGAUUUGCAUGUAUUCUCAUGUUUACUGACUAAACAAAAAUAAGUUUAGAUUUUGGAAACAUGUUUACUUUAAAUUUUCUUUUGUCAGUUGAAUUGAUUUAACUAAAAAACAUGAUUUUUAACUGAGAGGUUUUCCCACCCCAAUCGCAACAAAGUCUUUGUCAUGUUUUGUCAAACUAUUUAAUUCAAGUGAUAAUAAAACAAAUAAAAUAAUUCAUGAGAUAUUUCUUUUGAAUUUUUACAUUGGAAUGUGCCAGUUCUUUUAUACUUAUUAUUGAAAUGCAAGUAACAUUCUUAAUUUUUAAAAAAAAGUUGAAGAACAACCUUUAUGCAAAAAAUUAUUCACAAAUUUAAACAUUUACUUUGUGUUUCUUCUCUCUUUUUUUUUUAAACUGAUAUUUCUCUUACUUUCUGUCCUCGACUCAUUUUUGGAUUUGUGAUUGCUGACUAGAUUCAAAAACGCAAGAUAUUGGAAAGGGGGGUUUCUUACAAUCUCAAGCUAAUGUCUUAGAUACAAUAUUUUUUUAGUUUUCCUCAUACACAAGUUUUCUUGUACCAGGCACUGUGAUGUGUCUUCUUUUGGGAGCAGUCCUACUAUUUCUAAAAAUUAAUUCCUGAGUGAUAAGCAAUAAAACAGAAUUAUGCUUGAAAGUUUUGUAAAUUUAUUUGUUAUUUAAAUAAGGUAUAGUAAUUGACAGGCUGCGAGGAAGAAUGAUCUUAGUCUACCAUUCACAAAUUUUCCUCAUUACGUUUUUAACCUUGAAAUCUCGAAUCUUUUACAAGUUAGCCUCAUUCUUCCCUGUUAAAACUCUGUCACUAUGAUUUUUCUUGCCUGAAUGAUAUUACUCUUAAAUACUGUCUGUAAUAAUCUACUUGUUCCCAUACAUUAACCAGAGUUUAUUAGAAAAAUGGACUUUGAUUGUUCCUCCCCGUAGACUUUCAAUUGUAUUGGCUUCAAAUUAUCCAUGAAUGAAAGCUGAUGGAGGUUUUAAUGUUUGAUAAUUUUUGUUGUUAAUCAGUUGUUUGCUUGUAUAAUUUGUUUAAAGGGCUCUAGUAAUAAUUCUAAUUUAUUUUUUUUUCUUCAAAUUCAUGAAUUUUGUAUGAAUGAAUAUUUGAGGGAAUUGUGUAUGUGAUUAGUAAUGCUUUUGUAAAAAGUUUUUGCAGAUCUAUGUUUCAAAGCAAUGUUAUUUAUUUAUUUGGUUUAUUUCUUUGCUUGGGAGGGGAUAACUGUCUUUAAGCUCUUGAGUUUGGACUGGUAGAGCAUUUGUACAAGUAAUUUUCUCCUUUAGAAGAUAAGUUGUGAUUUCUACUUUGAUAACUCUUUACCCUAUGCAUUGUCAGUUCCUCAAGAAUUUUUAUCAUUCUUAUUCUGAAGAAAUCCCGGUAAUAACCUUACAAUUUAGUUCCCAAAUUGACUUUUUAAAAUUAAACACUAGUACAAACGCUCAACCAACCAACGCUUAGAGUGUAACCAUCCUGGCAGCAAAGCAGAAUAUGUUCAACUUGGAAGUUAAACAGUGAGUAGGCAUCAUUCUGCCUUCAAAAGGGUUAGUAGUAAAAAUAUUUUAAGUACAAAAAUUUACAAUUUACAUCACUAUCCUUGACCUUUGACAGGUCCAAGUUUAGAUUGACAGAUAUUGACUUGAACAAAUUGUAUAUAAAGUAGAAUUUAUAUAUUGUAUAGAGGGGAAAUGUAAAUAAAAUACAAAUUGAAUAUUUAUUGUAUAUCUUUAUUUAAAGAUUUUUCUAUCAUUCUAAUUCAUGUACAGAUUUUCUGAAUACUCAUGAAUUUUUAAUGUAACAUAAUUUAAAUGCAAGAUGCAUGAUUUAGUUUGCUUCAAGUGCUCAAAUUCUACAUAAAAUUUACCUAACAUUCAAAAGACUAACAACUUUUUAAAUGUAACUGCUAUGCAUAAAGUUUUUGAAAAUAUAUUCACACUGGUGGGCACUCUACCUCAAAGAAAUAUUGACCAAUCGUUCUGAAAGUUUUUAUGAAUAUUCUUCAUUCAUUUGUACUCUAUAUGAGCCUAACUCAUUGAUGAUACAGGAAAACCUGUGAAGUUGACCACCCUUGUAUGUUGACUACAUUUUUCAGGCAUAGAAUUAGCCCUUAUGUAAAUCAACCUUUGUAAGUUCACCUGUUUAAGUUGACCACUAAAGUAGUGAACCGCAAGUGGUCAACUUACACAGGUUUCACUGUAUUAAUAAUUUUGAAAAAAAAUUAAUGCAAGAAAUAUGAAAAAGGGGGGGGGGGGUAGAAAACUCUAACACUGUAAUUAAACACCUAAAAAACGUGCAAUUUUCUACUUUUUUGAUCACAAUUAGGUUCAUAUUCUUAGGAAAUAUGCUGCCUAUGAGAAAGAAAAAUUGUAAUGAUUACAAACAAAAAUUCUGGCUUUGGUCAUGCCCACCAACAACAAGUCCUACUAUCAUGACUGGGUUUUGUUGUUCAUAAUUUUCUUUCAACAUUUUGCUGUUAUUAGCUUUUGAUGUAUAUUUAAAAAUUCAUUAUUAGUUAAUCUUCAGUUGUAAACUAUAUUGUAUUUAUGACUGAAGAUGAGUGCAGUUGAUUAUUAGUAUGAGGUAUUUAUUGAUGUAAAUUGUAUAAAAUAUAAUUUUUUUGUAAAAAAAAUAUUGAUCUUCCACAAAUGCUCAUUUUUUAUAUAAUUGUCUAUACAAUAUUUGUGCCACUGGAUUACUGUAUUUAACAUGUUCCACAUCUGCGAAUUUUGCUUUGCUUUACUAUCUUUCUUUUUGUAUCAAUACCAUGUGUAAACUGCAGUGGAUCAAUUCUGUUACCCACCACCCUUAGGUACUACAAUAUAAAUAAGAUUUACAGCCCAAGAAAAGUUAAAUACCCGGUGAAGUGUAUCAAUAUACAAGAUACUGAUAUUGUCUGUUUCAUCUGAAGAUAGUAAAUUAAGUCGAUUCUAUCAUCCCCCCCCCCCCAAUUUGUUAAAUAAUUUUUCUACUUACAUAUUUCGUAAAUGAUACUAAAGUUAUCAAAAUAUCAGUAUUAAUUGCCCUUAAUAAACAUUUUUGGGAUACUUUUCAAUUUUUCAGAGAGUCAAACUUUGACCCUUGUGAAUUGACACUUGAUAGAAUUGACAAUCACAUCUUGUUUUCCCUUUCUUUCAUUUUAAACAGCAAUUUCUUAAGCUAUAAGUAGAUUUCUUUUUACCUCUAAUAUUUUCCUCCAAGAUAUAGUGCAAAUUUCAAUUUAAAAAAUUUAGGUGAAACCAAAAUUUAUGUGACCUUCCUUACAAAUUCUGAUCAAAAGAAUUAAAAAAAAUUUGAAAUGAUCAGCCGAUUAAUUCAUUUCAAAAGGGGGUGUUUUUGUAUCAUUGUCUCUAAUGCAAUGGUAAUAGCAACGAAAAACUUCUGCUCUUACAUAAUUAUGAUUCUUUUAUGUUUACCUUGCAUUUACAAUAUAAUAUUUUAUUCCACGCUUGUCUUUCUUUUUCUAUUUGUCCCCAAUGAGGCGAUUUAAUACAAUCAUAACUCAAAUAAAUAGAAAGAUGAAAUAACUAAUAGAGUUAUGUUUUCUUUGGGUGUUAUGUUUGAAAAAUGACAUAUGUUUAGUUAAAAUAUUCUCUGUACUAAUGUUAAAAUUUUUAAUUUGAACGUUUCUAACGAUAUUAAACAAAAAAAAUCUGUGCUGAAAAGACAAAAUGUAUGUCUUCCUCUUAUUUUAAUAUUCAAGUCAUGUCAUUGAUUUUGCUUUUUUGCCCCUAAUGGUAUUUACUUGGGAGAUUUUUUUACUGUUUUCAAAUAUUUCAAUUAUUUUUCAAGGGCCAUAUAUUUUUAUUGAAUGCUCGUUAACAUUAAAAUUGUCCCAAGAAAGAUUUUUAUUUCGUUGAUUUUUACUAUUAACAAAGUGCUUUUGACCUUAAAAACUUCUUUUACCAAGUAUAAUUUGAUGUAUUCACUAUAUGUUACAGAAUAUGUUUCCUUCCCCCCCCCCCAUAAAGGCAUAUGUUAUGAAAUUAAAUAAAUUUUCUUAAAUGUACCUAAAGGGUGUUUGCAGCAGACUUCACUGAGUUUAUCCAAAACUUGCAGUAUAUUUUGAUAUUGAGAACAAUUUAACAUUAUGAAUUAAAUGUUGUUAAAUGCUUCUUUUUUCCUGCUUUUUAAGUUAAUUGCAUGAAUGCUUAGAUUUAUUAGCAAGGACUUUGCAUCUUAUUUAUUUCUUUAAUAAAUCGGUAGGGAAAAGAAACCUAGAGUUUUCCCUUAGAGUGCCAUCUUUUGUAAUGUGAUACUUAUUUCCCCAUUAAUUUCCCGAUGAAUAUGAUAAUAAUCAAACUGCACCACAACAUACAAAAAUGAAGUUGAAACAAAAAUAAGAAAUUGAGAAAUUGAUUUUCAAUGCAGUAUAGUCUUGAAAUCUCGAUCUAAUGUGGACCGAAGGUAGUGCAUAGUUUGUGAAAAUUUGGAGUUAUUGGAAAUGUGCACUCAACAGGUUUUUCCCAGGGCUGCAGAGUGAGAAGGAAUGAAUGACUAACUCCAACUCUUGGAAUUUUUAAUUCUUCAAAUUCCUUCUCCUUAACUCCAGAAUUAAUCCAACUCCACAACCCUUGUUUUUUUUUUUAUCUUACCCAGGUACGGCCAAAUGUCCUGAAUUUUCUGGAGUUAUCAAGAGCUGAGUUUGAACGACUCUACUUUUGUUUUUUUCCCUCUCGUUACUUUUUUAUUCUACAAAUUUUGUGUAGCCGUCUUUGCAAGUUGAAUGCUACAUAUUAAUAGAAGAGCUUAGUAACAGAAUAUGUGAUGUGACUAAUUUAUUGAUCAGAAAAAAUCAGAGUUAACAUUUUUGACUUGUUCUGUUUCUUUAUCUAUGCAUGCAGUUCCUUUUUACUUGAUGACAGGACCGGAUUUGGAAGUGUGGAGGCCCUGGGGCAACGAAGGAGUGGAGACCCCUAAUCAGGGUUCGAAAAGAUCAUCAUAUUUUCGAAAAUAUCCGAUACUUUGAUAUAUAUCCGAAUAUUUUUAUAUAUAUGUAGAUAUCCGAUAUUUUCGACCCGUGAAAGUUAAGAUAUUUUGUAAAAAAUUUUAUUAUUGUGGGGGCCCCUUUGUUGUAUAGGCCCCGUGGCAGUAGCCCCACCUGCCCUCCCUUAAAUCCGGCCCUGCUUGAUAAUGUGUUGAUAACAUAAGGAAUUUUGUAAAUUUUUGGAUUUUUCAACUGUCCUGUGUCAAUGUCCUUGAAUUUGGGCACACCUUGUUUCAUCCACUUUAUGUUAAUGGACAGCAGAGAAUAAAAAUGAGUUUGGAAGAGGUAAUAACAUGAGCAUCAGUCAAAAAUCACAUUACAUGUUUAUCCACUAAACUCUUCAAUUGUGGAUCAUUUUCAUUUUGUACUAUCUAAAAAUUUCAAAAUUGAUCAAAGUGAAUGUUUUUAAAAUGUUGAGUAAUAAAAUGAAUUAUAUUCAGAUUUUAGAUCUGGAAUAAUGUGAUACUUGUUUUGGUUAUUAUUUAUUUAAGGAAGGUGAUAAAAAUGAAUUUCAAAAUGUACUUUUUUUUUAGGCUUAAGUUACCAGUACAAAAAUUCAUAAAUAAAAUUUUCCCUUUUUACAUGU